UACUUUGAGGGUUUCGAUUAAUCGGUUUGUCGGUUUUUUUACACAAAUAAGCCAAAUUGAAAAUCGAACUUAUAGAAAAUAAGUAACCGAACCAAACUGUACAAGAUAAAAAAUCAAAUCCAUUAAACCAAAUCAAUUUGAUUGGGUUGAAUUUUUCUAGUUUUAGUGGAAAAGUGCUCACUCUGCUUAAGAGUUUGUUUGAGUAUUUUUAAUUUUUCCUACCCAAACCCGGAACCCCAAAAGCCCCUCCACCAAGUGAAGGACUGAAGGUGAAGCAAAAUCUACUGAUCCAGAAUCAGAAAAAAAGAAGAAGAAAUGAAGAGUAUACCUCUGCUUCUGAUGGGUUGUGGAGGUGUUGGUCGCCAGCUCCUUCAACACAUUGUCUCCUGCAGAUCUCUUCAUGCCAAUCAGGGAGUCCAUUUGCGAGUUGUGGGAGUCUGUGACAGUAAAUCAUUAGUUGUUGCAUCUGAUGUAUUCACCAGGGAAUUAAAUGAUAAAUUUUUAGUUGAAGUUUGCCGGGUGAAGUUGAAUGGUUUAUCUCUUUCUAAGCUUGCUGACUUUGAUGAAUGCCUAAUAUACUUGAAUUCGGAGUCUAAAAGAAAAGUAAUAGAUAUUGCAGCUCUUCUGGGUAAAUCAACAGGCUUGGCUUUUGUAGAUUGCUCUGCAAGUUCUGAGACUACUGGAGUGCUAAACCGAGUGGUUGAUUUAGGAUGUUGUAUUGUCCUGGCAAACAAGAAGCCUCUUACUUCUAGAUUGGAAGAUUAUGACAAAUUGUAUUCCUAUCCACGUCGCAUACGGCAUGAGUCUACUGUUGGUGCUGGCCUUCCUGUUAUAGCAUCCUUAAAUCGUAUACUCUUGUCAGGAGAUCCUGUUCAUCGCAUAAUUGGGAGUUUGAGUGGUACCUUGGGAUAUGUAAUGAGUGAGGUUGAAGGUGGGAAGCCUUUGAGUGAAGUUGUUAAGACUGCCAAAAGUUUGGGCUUUACUGAACCAGAUCCCCGGGAUGACCUUAGUGGGAUGGAUGUUGCAAGGAAGGCUUUAAUUCUUGCUCGACUUCUUGGAAGGCGGGUUAACUUGGACGACAUUAAAAUUGAGAGCUUGUAUCCUGAUGAAAUGGAACCUGAUGUUAUGUCUGUUGAAGAAUUUUUGGCUACUGGUAUUAAAUUACUUGACAAUGAUGUCGAAGAAAGAGUUAAGAAGGCAUCCUUGAGGGGGAAUGUGCUUCGCUAUGUUUGUGUGAUUGAGGGUUCAAGGUGUGAGGUUGGCAUUCAAGAACUUCCCAAGACUUCUGCUUUGGGUAGAUUGAAAGGAAGCGACAAUGUGUUGGAGAUAUACAGCCGCUGUUAUAAUGAACAACCAUUGGUCAUUCAAGGUGCUGGAGCUGGCAAUGAUACCACAGCAGCUGGUGUGCUUGCUGAUAUCCUGGAUAUUCAGGAUUUAUUCCCUUGAAAAAAUGUGGGUAGUUCACUUCUGAGAAUUAGAUCAUACAGACAAAAAUCACGGGAUGUACCACCAAGACAUGCAACAAAGAGAUGCCAGUUCUGAAAAUAAAGUCGACAUUUUUUCAGUGGGAACAAAGAUUUUGUGAUGUCAAUGCACGCAUUUGCUACUAUCAUCUAAAGGUGAAACUGUGCAUGCUGGAAGAAUUUCUUUUUACAAGUUAACUUUUUGUGCAACUGCACUUGGAAUACCGGGCAUUAGGUCCUUGAUGUUUGUUUGUUGGAAGUCUGGAUAUGUGGAAGUUUCAAGUAUGAGCUUCAUUGACAAUCUGUGGAUAUUUGUGUUUUUCCCCUUUCGUAGAUGGAGCCUUCUGGUCCACAACUGGUGGCUCCUAACUCAAGGCCCUAUUUGGCUAUUCUGGUAGUGAUUUAACCAAAAAUCAAAAGAAAUUGCUUUUAU